AUGUCAUCCAUUCAGCUGAUAAGUCUGCUCCUACUGGUUGCUGUUCAAGCUGUCAAUUCUUCAAGUAUUGUGAAGAAUUACAAGGGAAAGUUUACUUCCUACCGGAUAACCAAGUUCAAAGCAUUCUUUGAUAUCAUCGACGUCGAUGAAGAUGGCGUUGUAACUGAGAAGGAAUUCGUUGAUUUAACAACAAAACGAGCUCAAAACGUUCUGCCGUCCUGGAGAGCCAUGGCUUGGAAUGGUAUGUUUUCCAACGCCUUUCGGGUCUGGUGGUCAAACGAAUACUCUAACAAUAAAACAGCCUUCACUUUUGAAGAUAUGAUUCGGGUUCACGAGAUAGACAUUCCUAUUACAACGGAGGAGGUCUCCCAAAUCUCAUGGAAUAUGUUUGGCACUUUUGAUAUUGACUGCGAUGGCAAGUUAACGAUAGAUGAGUAUUCCAAAUUCCUGUUUGUUCACCGCAACACGGCUGAAAUUCAACCAAUUUUUGGUGCAAUUGAUCAGAACGCAAAUGGCGUCCUUGAUGCAGAAGAAUUUGUAAGUGCAUACGACCUCUAUUGGUAUCGACAAGAGUUCAGCACCACUGAUGUAAUUAUAGGCAAGCGGUACUGA